AUGCACGUGGUGGACUGGCGAAACAUCUUUGAUCUUUUAUUAUUGCAACCCUCCCCCACCUUUUUCUUUCUCUUUCCUCUUCACCUUCUUCCACCAUCCAACUUCCACCCACAAAACUCCAAUCCAUGUGAUCGUGAUGGAUCAAGCCCCACCUCCAUAUCGUCCCCGGCACCGGCCUCUAGCUUCCUGGCCCCUGACCCUGGAACUGCUAGGGUCGGAAGGACCACCGUCCUUCCUCCACCCAGUAUUGGCAGAGACUUGAAUCCCCCAGCAGAAUGUGCCAAAGAAGUGAUGGAACUCAACUCGCCAAAGGCCCGUAGGGGUCAUGCAAUCCUAUCACCCCUCCUUGAGGACCUGGUUGCUCGGCCUCCCCGCCGUGAACCUCAGUUGCGGGAAUCCCGCCGCAUGACUGAGCCCGCCCUGAGGGCGCAUCUGGUUGCCAAUCUCCCGAACAUUGAGGCGGCAUUGAUGGUGGUUGUGGGAACCGUGAAAGAGACCACCGAUCAAGAAUGCACACAUUACAAGGGUUGGAAAGACUGUUUUGAACCUAUAACAUCCAUCCUCCCAGACUCAGGUGCAACCCCACAGGGUCGUUCGAGACACCUGCCACGGCCAGUAACUGGCCGCCGCCGGUUACCUCCUGGUCCUUGGGCAAAAGGGUUUAUGCAGGCAAACUCCACGAAGGUCCGACGAGGUCACCAUAUUACAUCCCCUAUCGUUGCCAAACUCAAGUAUAUGCCAAAGCAGCGGGAGCCUCAUCUUCGCGAUAGCCGGGCCAUGACAAAUACCCUGCUCUUAUCACACGUUGACAACACUGCGCGGAAUAUGGAGGCCGCAAUGAUGACCACAGUUGGUCAGGCCGCUAUCAAUAUUGACCUGGAGUGCGAUUCCUGUCAAGAAGGCAAUGGACCUUGGGCUAGGUGUGUGCACCUACCGUACGACGAAGGACUAGGCAUGGGCUGCAACAAUUGUCGUCAGCUCAAUCGCGAGCAGUCUUGCAAGCAUUAUCGUCCGCCGGUAGCUAUCGCUCAAAUCAUAUCACCAACCCCUCGCCGUGGCCAAGCCCGGCGUGAGACAAACGCGACAAGGCAGGCACUUAUUCUUGAGCUAGAGGAGCAACUCCGUGAUCAGCUUGUCAACAUGCAGAAUGAGGGAAGCCAUCUAGUGACCCUUACUGAGGCCAUGCAGGCUAGUUUGCAUUGCCUAGCCCUCGCCGUCGCUCGUCAAAAUGUGACAGAUGCUCAGAUCGAGCUUUAUGAGGGGCAAAUUGCGGGAAUCCUCACUGUUCAGCGUGGUCAGGUUCACAACCUAGCCACCCAGCAUGCGAUUGCUAGUCGACUGAGCGACCUCCUUCGACGCCGUUAG